AUGGGUAACGAGGAAGCAGACCUCGCCGCCAAACUAGCCAUCAGUGAAGGAAAUGAUUAUGAAUGUUUACCAAUGCACAAUGAGAUCUUGAGAGCAGCAAAAGAAAAGUGCCGUCUACAAUGGAAGGAAUAUUACGAUGAGCGAUGUGGUGGUAACUCGUCGUUGUCGCAGGGUUUAUUCCAUGGCGCGAUAGCGCAAAGCGGGCUGGCGACAUCGCCAUGGGCGCUCGCACACGACCCGCUGGAGCGGGCCUUCGAGCUCGGCCGGGAGCUCGGCAUCGUCACCAACAGCACGGCUGAACUGCUCGGUUACCUCCGAGCGACUCCAAGCGAGCUGCUGGUGAAGGCAGGUGCGCGACUGGCGGGCGCGCCGGGCAAGAGCGCCGACCUGGAAAACACUGUAGCUCUGCCUUUCUUGCCCGCCGUGGAGCCACAGGUGGCCGACGCGUUCCUGACGGAGCACCCACGGACGCUGCUGCCGGGCGCCGACGUACCCUUCCUCACAGGUUAUAACGCGCAGGAGGGCAUCAUACUCUUCAGACGUCUCCAGCGUUACCCGAAGUUACUGGGCGAGUUGGAUCGCGAGUUCCGACGGGUGGUGCCGCCCGAGUUGCUGCGCGACCCGGCGCGCGCGCUCAGCGUCGUUGACGGCAUCCGCGCCUUCUACUUCCAGCAGCGGCCUGUUGACGUGCGCAACAUCGACAGCCUGAUAGAUCUGUUCACCGACGUGAUGUUCUUGCGCCCGCUGUUGGACACGGUGCGCCUCUACGCCAACAGCACUCGGUCGAGCCCUACCUACAUGUACCGGUUCGCGUUCGACGGAGCCCUGGGGCUCUUCAAGCGCAUGCUGGGCAUCAGCCACCCCGGCGCCUGCCACGGCGAUGAGAUGGGCUACCUGUUCUACUUCUCGAGGCUCAACUACAGGCUCGACGACGAUUCUCCCGAGCUAGCAGUGUCUAGACGGAUGGUUCAAUUGUGGACGAAUUUCGCUAAAACGGGGAACCCGACUCCUCCCGUAGACUACGAGUCAGUCGUGGACUUCACGUGGCUGCCGGUGAACGAUACAGCUCACAUCAACUACCUGGACAUCAACGGCAACUUCACAGUACUGGAGGACCCCGAGGCGAAGCGCGUGCGCUUCUGGGACUGGCUUUACGAGAACAACUCUUCGGCCAAGUCUUGAACGCCGGAAGGCCGUUGACUUUAUAGUGCUCAGUGUUUAGUGCGGACGCUAACAGUGCCGUGGCGCACGACAAGAACGUGAAAGACCAGUGAUCUCAAUUCGUGAUGAGUGUGACACGUUAACAAAACUUCCUAUCAUCAUCGGAUGAUCAUGAGGAACUUUUGACAGAGCUCCAUCCCAUUUUCGGAGGGAAGUGGGCUUUCGAGUUUCUGAGUGUUGUAAAUAUUGUUGUAUGUACCGAUUUUACUUAAUUUAUGUCUUCG